CACAUUUUUGUAUAAACACAGACUAAAUCAAAACGCAAUUUAAGUACGACUUCCUAAGUUCCUGUGAAACCGGAAGUAGAUUGAGACGAACCAUCUUGACUCUCCCGGCUACAUUUUCCUGGUGGAAACAACAGUAGCAUCAAACAAGGGAUAACCUAAGGAUGGAAGAAUUUGAAGAUGCAGAAGCUCCUCCUGUGGAUGAACUGGUUCAGUGUAAUACUUGCAAAAGAUGCUUUUUCCCUAAAGUUCUGGAAAAACAUGCAAAAAUAUGCCAAAAGUCAGCAGCUAAAAGGAGGAAGGUUUUUGAUUCCAGUCGACAGAGGGCAGAGGGCACAGACAUCCCCGUACUCAAGCCUAUAAAACCAAAGUCACAAAGCUCAGCUGGCUGUCAGAAAGCAGAACCACCGAAGAAGCCGUCCAACUGGCGCAAGAAGCACGAGGACUUCAUUGCCACCAUUCGGGCUGCCAAGGCACUCACUCAAGUCAUAAAAGAUGGGGGGCCCUUACCUCCGCCUCCUCCGCCUUCUUAUGACCCAGAUUACAUCCAGUGCCCUUACUGUCAGCGGAGGUUCAAUGAGAGUGCUGCCGACAGACACAUUAAAUUCUGUCAGGAACAAGCUGCCCGCAUGCCCAGCAAAGGCAAGCUAGGAGAUCCCAAGAAGGCUCCGACUCGCACACAGUACAAGCCUCCUGGCCCUGUAAAGAAGAGCAUCUCUUCUCCCGCGUCCACCAUUCCCUCGGCCUCUUCUCGUUUACCCCAGAGAUCAGGCCUGGGACAGUCCACCGGAAUCCCUUCAAAUAAGACUUCCUCAGCAGGUUCAGUCAAGAGUAAUGUCUCCGGCAUCACGAGUCCUCCAUCAGGUGUGGGAAAUAAGAGCUGCGCGCCGGGCUCCGGCUACGGCUCCGCGAGGAACUCCCAGCCAUCAACAGGAGUCAACAGGAAGAAGGCCGAUUCCAUCAUGUCAAGGAAUGAGGUGGAUGGCACAAGUGAAGUUGGCAAUGGUGGAAUGAAGAGCAAGUUCUGUCACGCCUGUGGGACCAAAUACCCCGUCGAGUCUGCGAAGUUCUGCUGCGAGUGCGGGGUGAGGAGGAUGUGUAUCUGAGAAACGCAUGUGGAAGCUGGGAUGCGCCGGCUCUAAAGUUAGAGCAGAUCACUCCACCAAAGCGGAUAAAGAUUGAAGGAAAAAAAAAACAACAAAAUUUAUCCUUUUUUUAUUUGCCCACUUGUUAUGAAAUAUAUAUAUAUUGCCAGUUGAGCAGUGAUGACAGUUUUAUUGUAAAGCCUAAAACUGUCAAAUAUUAAAAAUAAUGCUCAAUGACUUCCACAAGCUUAUCAUGGCGAACUGGGUUCACAUAUUUUGUGCACAAUGGUCACCAAGGUAGCAAGAAUGCUGGAACUGAAACUCAAAGUCUUCAAAAAGAACUUAGGAAAAAGAAAAUGGUAACAAAAAUAUUGUUCAAGUGGGACGAUUAGUUCUUUGUGCAGCUUUAGAGGAGAAAGGAGUGGACAGUUAGGAUGUUGUACAGUCAAGAAAAGUCAGACGUGUGAGAUGGGUGUAACUUCCUCAGUGAUUUGACCUAAAUCAGAAUGCAGUCCCUGAUCCUGGUAACUUUCUCGAACAAUGCAUUCUCAGUAAAGUGCAAUAUAAUUGACUACUGAACAAGCAAUGGGCUUUUCAAGUACAACUUGUUCUGACAGUGACCGAUUCCUAAGAGAGGUUCCUACUGUAUUCCAGCUCUCUGUUAUCGCAGACUAAAUUCUUCUACUUGUCAAAUGUAGCUUUUUUUUGUUUUGUUUUGUACAAUGAACUAUUUAUUUCCCUAUUCCAUUUCAUUUUGACUGACUGAACAAGGACUGCCUAUUUUCCUAAAUUUAGAUUUUACAUUUUAUGAAACCAAACGGGUGUGAUUUUAAGCGCUUUCUUGAAAUAAUCCUCUGUGAAGUCGGAGCUUAAUGCAUUACUAUUUGUAGGAAUGAAAGCAGGACAACACUCCUAGUUUGGGUUUAGUUGAAAUCUCUGCUUAAUCCAUGUUAGAGUUUGUUGAACAAGAGGAAAAUUCUCUCGAGGGAACAUCUGAAAACUUGAAGUCAUAAAAAAAAA